GUCAUGGGUCACUUGAUAAACGGACGAUUUGAUGGAAGUUUCUUUGCAUUUGGUGAAACUUUUCAUUUGGAGCCUAUCGAACGGUAUACUCACUUCAAGACAUCCUUUCAUUCAAUCAUUUUCCCCGCCACAAGUGUCAAGUUUAAUUUCUCCAAAAUCGAAAGAAAAAUGGCCCGCUUUAAAGAUCUUAAAAAAUUGAAGAGCCAGAUUACCAGUAAACGAGUUCGCCACAGCGACCCCAGUAGCUCCAAUCUCAACACAUGUACUGUUUACCUUGCCGCAGACCAUAUAUUCUUUAAGGAAGUGGGCUCGGGUUCUGAAAGAGUCACAGUUGCAGAGAUGGUGUAUCACGUGGCAAUGGCUGAUAAGAUAUUCAGGGGAACAGACUUCAACCAAGAUGGCGGGCCUGGAGAUGGAAUUGGAUUUGUCGUAGCCGCUGUCACUGUGUUUAAAGAUGCGCAAGCGGAAGGUUCCUUGGAAAGCCCAGAAGAUAUCAGUAUGAUGUCAUACCUUAUCAAAUGGAGCGAGAUUGAUCAUGACGACUACUGCUUAGCUUUGCUCUUCACAAACAGAGACUUCCCCGGCGGGGCUCUGGGGCUAGCGUGGAUUGCGGACUCUGAUCACAUGAGCUCCGGAGGUAUAUGCUCCACGAGGAUGUUCUUUGAUGAAAAAGAAGAGGCAAUGUACCUAAAUACAGCAGUAGUAACGCUAUUAAACUAUGGAGCUCGAGUACCGAGGAAGGCCUCAGUUAUUACAGUAGCGCACGAAUUGGGUCACGGCUUUGGAUCUGAGCAUGAUCCAGCUACGGCCCAAUGCUCCCCAGGAGGAAGAGCGGGUAACUUCAUCAUGUAUCCAAAAGCAACCGACGGAAAUGAACCCAACAAUUAUCUGUUCUCUUCCUGUAGCAAGCACGAUAUAUCUUCUAUUAUCUCUUUUAGAGGACCACAAUGUUUUAUCGCUCAUAAUAACGGGUCGUAUUGUGGCAAUAAAAUCGUAGAAGAGAAUGAAGAUUGUGACUGUGGAAGUCCAGAAGAAUGUUCCAUAGUCGACAAGUGUUGUGUGGCACGAAAUGACGCCUUGAAAGUACCUGGAUGUACAAUCCAGCCGGGGAAACAGUGUAGUAACGUGGCAGGAAAAUGUUGCACAGAGGAUUGUACUUUUGUCUCAGCAUCUCAAGGACUCGUUUGUCAAGCCGAAACAGAAUGCAGUAAAAUUUCUAUUUGCGAUGGUCAGAAUGGGCGUUGUCCCCAGGCUGAGUUAAAACCUUACAAUGUAACAUGCAAUGCAGGGUCGAACACGUGUCAGGAGGGUGCUUGUAUUGGUUCAAUAUGUGAACUGUAUGGGACCAACGAGUGUGAAUGUCAUCAGAACAGAGAAGAAAUGUGCCAUGUCUGCUGUAACAGCAGUUAUGGAGUUUGCAUAUCCGUUCAGCAUUUCCUGGGUCGAGUCAUCGUUAAACGUCCCGGCAGCACUUGCAAGCGUCACCAAGGUUACUGCGACACGUAUGGUUUGUGCGUCACUGUGGACAGUGAGGAUCAAAUCAACACACUCAGGGAUGCUUUUAAGAGAUUUUUCUCCAAGGAAACUACGAGUGACCUAUGGAGCUGGAUAAAAAGAGAAUGGUAUUAUGUGGUGGUUAUAAUCGUUGGCAUAUGCCUGAUUGUGAUUCUCCUAAAGUUCACUUCCCACGGAGGAACUCCUCUGCUAAGUGCAGAAAGAAGAGCAGUCUUACGAAACAUAGCUCGCAAUCAUCUUGCCAAUCAACAUAUAAGAACUCGCCAAUUGUCUGAUGAUGAAUUUCAAGAUACAACUGAGGGAGGAGACCUUGGUGACGGAAGUAGAAGUAGCUUGCAGCAACAUUUGCAGUCUUUAUUCCCAGAAGCAACAAGCCGUGACUUGCAGGAAGCCAUCCGGAUCUGUUCUUCUGAGCAGGAUGUGAUAAACCAUCUUCUCAGUCAAGGCAACACACUGAAAACAUAGUUAAACCCGCAGGUAAUUUUCGUGUACUUCGUAGUGAGAAGGCACAACUUUUGUUAAAUCCGUCGAGUUUAUUGUAACCCUUGAAAGUGUCACGCUGCAAAGACCAGACACAGCUGAUGGAGGAGGCGAAUAACAUUGAACGCAAUUACACCGCUCCGACUCAAUAAUGAACAUUUCUUCUAUCCAUCGCUACUCGCAAGCCUGUGAAAAUCUCAAGGCUUUUGUUAUCAGCUGUGAUUCCUGAAAUAAACCCCAGUUAUUCUUUUAAGCAGGUCUACCACCUUCAUUAUUUAAACUCAUAGAGCGCGCAAAAUCCCCAGCAACUAAGGUUACGCUUGUGCCAUGCUGAUUUUUUCAACGACUUGCAACAAUGGUCUCUCAAUCUACAAAGGAUUUAUUAAGCACUACUGACAAACUGUUUCUUUCUUUCGCUUUUCAGAUGCCAUGUCUUCCUAAAGACAAAAAAAAACGUCCUCAGGCUCAAGCAGUUACAGCACCAAAAACAUUUUAUUAUUGUUUCAAGGGAAGAUGUAAACC